AUGGCUGACAAAACCCUGAGGAAGAAGAGGAAUUUGUUUAUCCAUUCAGUGGGAGAGGGUACAAUAAAUGCCCUGCUGGAUGACCUAUUAGAGGAUGGAGUAAUUAGCCAGGAGGAGAUGUACAAAGUGAGAUAUGAAAAUUGCACAGUCAUGGAUAAGGCUCGAGUCUUGAUUGACCUUGUUAUUGGGAAAGGACACCGAGCUUGCCUAAAUUUUAUCAGGUAUAUCUGUGAAGAAGACCCUGAACUUGCAUGGAAAUUGUAUUUGCCUUCAGUUGCUACAGACAGUUCCACUGCUGCUGCAGAGGAGACUAACUUUGACUAUCAGGGAUCAGGUGGGUGCUGCAAACUUGCUGCAACACCACCUUCUAAAUACGGGACAUGUGAUUGUAAGCACAGGCUCCUGAUUUUUAAGGACAGGCUGGAGGACAUCAUCAUUCAGGAAUACUAUCAGGUUAAUGUUGUGUUGCUCUAG